CACGCGACAGCUGACUGACGGACGGACGGUCAUCCGACGGCCACUUACCGAUCGACGAGGAGAUUCGCGACGUAGUCUUUUCCCGACUUGCGUUUGCCGCUGAAAAUCAAAAUGAGUUGGGGCUCCGAAUCCCGAUCGCCUUCGAUCCGGGACGACAUCGCACACGCGCGGUCGAUCGAUCGAUCGAUCGACCGACCGACCGACCGACGAUUUCGGCGAGGAUCACCGGAAGAGCUUCAAAACAAGAGUCUCGGUUGUUCGGCGGGUAACAAUCGAGCGACGACCGAGAUCUGACGCCGUACUUUGGCCCGACUCUCCCCACCAGAGAGAAAUGGAGGAUGCGGACUCGUCGCCGCCCCGCCCUUUCCGCUUUAUUGUGAAAGGGUGGAGGCGUACAUCCGCCUCAGGUCGGCGGCUGCGGCUCUCGUCAACAUGGCGUCGGCGUUUCUUCGGAGGAAAUCUAUGCAAACUUUUGUGGGGUCUCGUCGGAGCAGGUCGGCGGGCGUCGGGCCCCUCCCCCAGUCGCGCUUCUUCCCGCCGCUGGAGACGGCCAUGCUGCCGCCCGGAACUUUCCGAGGACGGGCGGCCCUGAUCACGGGAGGCGGGACCGGACUGGGCCGCGCCAUGACCGCCGUCCUCUCCCAGCUGGGGGCGCAGUGCGUCAUCGUCAGCAGGAAGUUGGAGGUCUUGCAGAAGACGGCGGAGGAGAUCAGCGGGCAGACGGGAAACCCGGUCCACGCGCUGCAGCUGGACGUCCGAGAUCCGGAGGCCGUGGCGCGCUGCGUCCAACGCGUGGAAAGCCUGACGGGCCUGCCCGACGUGAUCGUCAACAACGCGGCGGGAAACUUUGUGUGCCCGUCGGAAAAUCUUUCGGCCAACGCCUGGAAGAGCAUCGCCGACAUCGUCCUGAACGGAACCGCCUUCGUCACGCUGGAGCUCGGCAAGAGGCUCGUUCGCAGCCAGAAAGGCGCCGCGUUCCUGGCCAUCACCACCAUUUACGCCGAGUCGGGCUCCGGGUUCGUGGUACCCAGCGCGGCGGCUAAGGCCGGCGUAGAGGCGCUCUACAAGUCUUUGGCGGCAGAGUGGGGACGUUACGGACUCCGUUUCAACGUGAUCCAGCCCGGACCCAUCCGAACCAAGGGGGCCUUCAGCCGGCUGGACCCCACGGGAGAGUUUGAAGCCGGCGCGCUGAGCCGCAUCCCCGCGGGCCGACUGGGCCGGGCGUCCGAGUUGGCCAACCUGGCGUCGUACCUGUGCAGCGACUACGCCAGCUGGAUGUCGGGAUCGGUGGUUCGCUUCGACGGCGGCGAGUACGCCAUGAUGGCGGGCGAAUUCAACGAGUUGCGCAAGGUCACGCCUGAGCAGUGGAAGCUGAUGGAAAAGAUGAUCCGGAGCACCAAAGGAUCCUGAAGCCAAAGCGGCCGCCCCCCCGAACCACUGAUGGCGAGUCACCGGACGGCCUUCUGAAACGCGUCCGUUUCGUCACAAUCUGGAACCGCUCAUUGACUUCUCAAAAUGGUCGUUUUUUUAAAAACCUUUUUUUGUGACGGUUGUUUAUGGAAAGGCCUUAUGUUAAAAGUCACCUUGUGGCGGAACAGAACGGGCGGUCGAUGGAGGACCGGGACCGGCUGUGCCAAAAUGGAAUCCGUCAAUAAAUUGGCAUGUCAUCCGA